AUGAGCCCCAAGAAGGACGAAACCGGUCGUGGGUUGUCGGCGGAUUUUCAGCAACCUUAUAAGUAUUGCCUGAGAAUACCACAAACGGGAGAUUCAGCUGGGUUCCAGGUGAGUAUCUCGAAAAACCGAAUUAGUUUGCAAAUGAAUCCGCUGAAUCCGUACCCAAACCCAGCUGAAUCCCUCGUUUGUUGUGAUGUUUCAGGGCAACUGAAUGUGCUGCACCAAGCCACCUCAUGUUUCAGUCGCUACGGUAUUCGAGAUUUCGCGAUACAUGUAUAUUCUCCCCGAGUUUUCGUCAACCUUAUGAUCUACUUCUACCCGAAUUGGACUGCUUUCGAGAAAUACACUCAUCUGCAAAUUAACUUGGUUUUAACGGGAGACUCAAUUGAAUCUCUCGUUUAUGAUGUCCUACAGCUGAACGUGCUGCACACAGGCUACCUCAUGUUUCAAUUGGCACAAUAUUCGGGAUAUCGCGUGGUAAUUAUCGGCAUUCUUAUCGUUCCAACAAACUGCAUUGUUCGUUCGCCUGAGUGUAUCAGCGGAGCAUGCCGUUCACCAAAAAUUUCAGUUUGCUGUGUGAAAGUUUGUAAUUCGGUUCACAUUCCAAAAGUCCGUCGUUCGAAUCCGACCUCGGCCACUCGACUUCCCCUGUCUAGGCUUGGGCAACCUGGCAGUAUCCCAGCCCUCGUGGUUCCUUCGGGUGGCAUGGCAGCUAGGCACCGGAAGGGUGCUACAGCUGAACGCUUUACGCCAGCACCUUCGCCAGCACGCCAAAACGCUAGUGGUAUCAAUGAACUGUCAUUAAACAAUAUCUGGGUCAAAUCCCGGCUAUAG